GUAUUUUAUACCAUCUAUGGUAUAAUGGACACAAUAGCUCAUUAUGCGGCAUUUCUAUAUAAGAUGCCAUAUUUUAUUCUGAUCUUUUAUUUCGAUCUAUAAGAGUCGAGUGACUAGCCGAUUAGAAACAUGGAUCUAAAAUCUACAGCUGAUAUGAUCAUGACUUGCUAGAUAUGCUGCAUGCUCCGUGAUACAUUUUUAGUAAUUCAUUGUUAGUAAAAAAGAAAAAUACCGCACUGACAUCUUGUGUUAUUCAUUGAUUGGCCCACGCGACAAUAAUGGACGCGAUUGGUAGAUUUGAAUCAGAUGGAUCUUUAAAAAUGGACGUUCACGAUUCGAACCAAUUCAUUUCAUAUUUGUCGGCUUUGUUCACGAUUCGAGAAUACGCACAGCAACAAAAUGCUAAACUAUAUCAAAUUAAAUGGCAUAAUAUUUUCUAGAUAAAUAUUUUUGUUGUGCGUUGCUUCUGACGUGACUGCGUAAUAUUUGUUUUUGACAACGCAGUGAUAUAUAUUUUUGAGAAAACUUGUGUAUUCGACACGUUAACUGGGAGGAAUUCUUGUCAAAUCUUUUUGUAAAAUAUUCGAAUGCAAUAAUGGAGAAGUAUCAACAUAUGAGAGCAUUUAUAUCAGCGGCCUUAGAUUAUAACAAGCAUCCCAGUGAAAGUGCUACAUCUGCUAUACAAAGAAGUCUUGGAAUAAUAAGCGUGUCAAUGGACCUGAGUGUAUUUGAUCCUGGAACUAGUAUAGCUGCAGAAUUCUAUGUGAGUCUGUAUGAGCUUAUGAAUUCUUUAGCAUCGCGAUCUACUUUGAUCUGGACUGCUGUAGAUGUUUUACAAAAUGCUUGCAGGAAUGUUCCUGCUAGACAAUCGCUAAUUCAUACAUAUAAAUUUGCACCAAUAUUAGCAAGAUUAUUAGAGGCAAAUUUGACAACUGAGAAAAGGAUACGAGUAUUAAAAUUACUUCAAGAAUUAACAUAUGGAAUCAAAAUAUUAUGGCAAGAAGCUCAUCUUCCAUAUUUAAUCUCUACAUUAACUCAAUGGGUAGUACAAUCAAAGGAAGAAGAGAUUAUUGCACUUUCAUUAGGAGUGCUGGUAAAUCUGUGUUAUAAAAAUCUUCCAGCAGUGUAUACAUUGAUGCGUACCAUCAAUACCAAAACAUUCAUCAGAACAUUAUUAAAGCUCCAAGAACACAUUAAUACUAGUGUGCAAUGUUGCAAGCUAUUGAUUAUAUUGGAGCCGACCAAUACAAAUAUUUCCGAGAAAUAUAUCAUGGACUUUGCAUCACUUACUUUCACAAAUCUUAGAACAGCAAUGGAAAAAAAGGACGUUUUAUUAUUGAGACACAUUAUUGAUUUUUUCAACGACGUCGGGCAAAAUGAGCAUUCAAGAAAUAUACUGCUUACAUAUUCAAAUUAUGGCAGAGAUGUAGGAAAUAUAUUAGCCACUUUAGAAGAAAACACAGAUCCAGAAUGUAUUGCUCUUAUGAUGGAAUUUUUACUGUCAUUAGUAAAACUGAAAUUAACUGCUUUAAUUCCUUUAUAUCCUACUUGUAUAAAAUCAGCUAUGACAUGGGUACCUGUGGAACAAGUGUGCUCUAAAGCUUUAGCACUCAUACGAAGCAUCAUCAUUGAUUCACGACGCACUAAAACUUCUAUCGAAGUUUUAACAGAAGUAGAUCCAGCUGUUCUUAUGCUCAUAACAAAUCCAGAAGAUGAAACUAAUGGGCAAAAUGGAGGUCAAAAUGUAGAAAUGGAAACAAAACAAGCUGAAUUGAUGCAACUGUUCCAAGAAAUGAUUAAAACUCCUGCACUUAAGAAAAAAAUUAUGCAGUCGUUUAGCGAGCACGCGAUGCGUAGAAUAUUUAGUCGCAUGUUAGAUAAUGAAUUUCCUGCUGCUGGAGAUUGGACUGGAAAUUUUGUCCAAAAUGCUUCCACCAAUCUUUACAUUUAUGCAUUAGCCUUGACAGCAGACUUAGCGACAAGUUAUUCCAAUUGGUUGACAUUGUAUUCUGAAUUACUUAGUAAAAAGCAAAUACAAAUGAUAAUGGCGCUAGCAUUAUUCACUGGUGAUGGGGAAGUGAAGCAAAAAGUCUUGCAAUUAACAUCAUCAACUGGGUUUCCACAAGAAUGUGUUUCUGCAGUGGCGAUCUGCAUGAAAGAAUUAGAACCAUUAAUGUUAGUUCAAAGUACUAAUAGCAAUGUAUUGGAAGUCGCGAAUAAGGCAUCCCUGAAUUAUACUGGAAAUGAACUGGCACCAUUAUUCUCCAUUACGCAAGAAGAGCGCCUCAAUGCAUUCUUAGCCAAACUUGAAUCAACAUUUGAAUCAAAUCAAUUAAAUGAUAUUCCAACGUCUGCGGUAAUGGAAUUAUAUGAAUAUAAGUUAGCAACAAUGAGACAUUCCGAAAGGGCAAUGCAAUCGAGUUUAGAAGCGGCGAAUAAUCAUAGUACUAGUCUCCAACAUAGAUUAGCACAAGUGAUAGCUGAGUCUAGCAGAUUACACCAAUUAUUAUUUGAUACACAGCAGUGCUUGGAAGGAAUAAAAGCUGAAAAAUCUAUAUUAACAGGAAAGCUUCAUGAAAUGGAAGAUCAAUCUAAGAAAGCAAUUUUUACAAAGAAACAAGAAAUUGAAUCUCUGAAAAAAAUUGUGAUAGAAAAAUCGACAGAUUUGAAACACCUGAAUGAGAAGUUAAUGCAAUGUACAAAUGAAUUAGAGACUAGCAACAAAAAGGUUGAUACAUUAAAAAUAAAAAUCCAGGAAUUAGAUUCCGAACGUUUAACUGCAGAAAGAAAAGCUACAGAUAUAAGCAACAAAAAUCAUGAAUUAAGUAAACUUUUACAAAAGUUGAAAGAUUCUCUCAGCAAAAAGGAACAGAUUUUAGAGAAAAAAAAUGCGGAAAUAGAAACAAAUCAAAACGAUAUAUCUGCGCUUAAGCAAGAAAUUCAACAAAUGGUGCAAAUGUUACAGAUGCAUGAACAAACCAUAUCAGAAAAAGAAAAUAAUAUUCAAAGAAUGAAAACAGAAUUGAUAGAGUUGAGCCGCAUGCGGGAUAUGAUCUUUGAGCUUACUGCAAAAAAGAAAGAUGAUUUAAAUUCAAAUAUUUUUAUAUAUUCAGAUUCAUAUAUUCAAUGUGAUCUGAAUCUGAAUUAAAAGCAAAAUUGGAAAUAAAGAAAAUAUAAUAAUUUCAAUUAUCCGAAGCAGAGGCCAUACGGGCGACAUUUAUCUAAUUAUCAC